UUUCCUUUGCGGAUGUAGCUCCGGCGGUGACACGCAUGUAGUGAUGGGGCCGGGAGCCGCAGCGGAGCGAUCUGCGCGGUAUGCUUUUAGCCGGGAGAUCCCAUUACACGGGCACACGCUUUAAAAUGGUCGAAACAAAAGCGUGAGAAGCUCCCGACCAGCCGUUCAGAUUGCAGCGACACGUUUUCCCAAAAUCCAACCUGGCUAUUUGCUGUAUCUUUUAGCGGAUUCACUGGCCAGCCGCGGGGGAUAUGGAGAAGAAAAGGUGGGAUUGCUCUGCUCUCCCCAAAGGCUGGAAAAUGGAAGAAGUGACCAGAAAGUCGGGUUUGUCAGCUGGGAAAAGCGAUGUCUAUUAUUUUAGUCCAUCUGGAAAGAAGUUUAGGAGCAAGCCUCAGCUGGCCCGUUACCUCGGUAACCAGAUGGACCUCAGCUCCUUUGAUUUUCGCACAGGGAAGAUGCUGAUGAGCAAGCUGAACAAGAACCGCCAGAGACUGCGAUACGACCACAACAACCAGAACAAGGGCAAACCUGACUUAAACACGUCGCUGCCAGUAAGGCAGACGGCCUCCAUUUUUAAGCAGCCUGUUACAAAGGUCACGAACCAUCCCAACAACAAAGUGAAGACGGAUCCUCAGAAAGCCGUUGAUCAGCCCCGACAGCUUUUUUGGGAGAAGAAACUCGGUGGUCUUAAUGCGUAUGACAUCGCAGAGGAGCUGGUGAAAACGAUGGAGCUGCCUAAAGGCCUGCAAGGUGUUGGCCCAGGCUGCACGGACAAAACUCUCCUGUCGGCUAUAGCGAGCGCUCUCCACACCAGCGCUGCGCCGAUCACGGGGCAGCUGUCUGCAGCUGUGGAGAAGAACCCCGGAGUGUGGCUGAACACAGCCCAGCCGCUGUGCAAGGCCUUUAUAGUCACAGACGAAGACAUCCGGAAACAGGAGGAGCUGGUGUACAGCGUCAGGAAGAGGCUGGAGGAGGCGCUCAUGGCUGACAUGCUGGCUCACGUGGAGGAGGCCGCCACCGAGGGAGAGCCCCUGAAGGAGGAGGGCAACGGCAGCGAAGACAUGGAGACCGUAUAGCACAGGUUAUUGUGAAGGCCGAAUGAACUCAAUCGACACCACUAACCAUGAGCGUUGACCUUAGGAUUUCCAUUCCUUUGCGGCCCUGAAGAACUGUCCCUCAGUGUCCUGCUUAGGCAUCCAGUCACUCCAGAACCCCGCCGGCAGCCCUUGUACCAUCCAUGAUUACCUCCAUUAAAUGGGACUCCAUGACUGUAUUUAUGAGCUCAGAUGAAUUUUAAUAAGUAAACAGACAACUAUGAAUGACUUAAAUAUAUUCGAUAUAAUUUACCUUACAAUGUGUCAAAAUGAGUGUGUAGUGGUAUGUGUAUUUUUAUUAAAAGAUGGUGGGUGGAUUUGUGUUUUGUUUGCGACAAUCAUGUCAAAUCCAAAUGUUUUAGGUCAGCAGACAGUCGAUGUGUUUGCCCCUUUUGUUUCGGGCACCUUUGAGGCGAUGCUUUUGUACUGCAUCUGUAAAGUGAGUGAACUGUCACAGUUCAUGUCAUUUUUUAUAUGUAAAUGUAUUGUGGAAGUCAUGUUGAGAGAGAGGGUGGGGGUGUUUUUUAAAAAGUGUAUUUUUCUUCGGCUUUCAGAGAGUAUGAUGGUUCGGUUUUGGUAAGUUUUGUUUCUCAUCACUGAUCUGGGUGCUUAGAAAUGUUCAACAGUGCUUUGUACAUUUUUGUUAUUUUUAGGUGUCUGUGUUGUCACACACGUGCUGCCUCCUUUAAAAAACCCGCGCACGAAACUGGUGACAGCAGGCCAGAUGGUUUUUAUCCAUCAUUUUCCAAGGAAAAUAUGUCGCAGCAUCCAGCUGAAACCAUCAAAUGACCCUCCCAACCUGAGCAGGCUGAUUGCUGAAAUAAAUGUUACUUAUUAAAAACUAUCAGUAUGUUACCAAA